GUGGGAGUGAAAAUCUUGGAGCAGGCAUUGCGGCAGCGAAAGCUAGGUUCCGACGGCAGCCGGCAGACGCGGGAGGAGCUAAGCCGUAAGAGAUGGAUCUUGGAGCUGGCAGUGGUGAUCCGCGAGGCCGGGUUGCCUGCAGCUGCUCGCAUUGAUUCCAUGAGCAAUCCUGAGACCUCUUGGAUUCGCGCCUUCGGGUCGCGCCGUGCGAAGACCCUCAAGAACAGGGCAAUGGCUUGGAGGAAGCUUGGCGCGUGGCUUCGUGUGACUUUUGCCGUGUGCUGGCCUCGGAGUGCAGAGGAGGUUUUGCAGUAUCUGGAGGAGAGGCAUGAACUAUCUCCCUUGGGCAAGACAAUACCCAGUGGGAUCCUUUCUACUCUGGGACUUCUUGAGCUGGUUGGGCAGGUUGAACCAUCUGCGCGUCUCAGCGAGGAUAUGCUUCUUGUGGAAGGGGUGCGCUCUUGGAAGGCAGAGUUGGAGCAGGACGCUGCACCAGUCAAGCAAGCACCGAUGUAUCCCAUCAUUGUACUGUUAGCCUGCGAGUUGGUGGUGUGUGAUCCCUCGGCUUGCCUCGGGGCACGAUUUUACUCUUUUGUGCUAUUGCUGUUGGUGUGGGCAACUCUGCGAGUGGAUGAUCUGCAGAAUGUCAACCCUGCCAGCGUUCUGCUUUCGCAAAUUGGUCUGAAGUUCACCCUGGACAGGACAAAGACGUCUGGGGCCGGCAAGCAUGUAGGCAAACUCCAAGCAUUUGUCAUGCGAGGCAUCAGUCUGUCGGGGUUCGACUGGAUUGGCUAUGGAUAUCGUCUGCUGGGUGCUGAGUCAAUCAAGUUCGAGCGCGACUAUUUCUGUGUUCGUUUCGGAGAAGAUUGGAGCACUCCUAUAAAGGGCUACAUUGACAGCGAGGAGGUUUCUUUGCAUCUCCGGAGCUUGCUUAAGAGAUUGCCGCAGCCUGUGAAAAGGAAUGGGAAGUGGACAUACGUUCGCGACAACGUGCUUCUUCCUGAGGAGGUGGUCCCGUAUUUUAUGGGCCACUCGGGCAGGCACACACUGCCGAGCUUGGCGGCGGCCGCCAAGGUGGCUAAGGAGCAGCGUGACUAUCUCGGUCGAUGGUCAGCGGCUAAGCAUGGCAGUCAAGACUAUGUUCUUACUUCACGUCAGGUUGUGCAUCAUGUCCAAAGCGAGACUUGUCGCGCAAUUUUGGAGGGGCAUCCAAAGCCAGGAAUCGUGGAAGAAGAAUGUCUUGAUGAAAUUCAGGAAUAUCACGUGAAACGGGGGGGCCCCCCACUGCAGCUGAAGCGACGGUUGAAAUGUCUGGAGUGGAGCACCGAGGACAGGACUUGGUCAUUGGGGGGGACUUUCCCGCUGAUUGAUAUGCGGGGAAAGAUGGGGGAGCUGAUGUGUUUGCGGCUUAGAAGCGUAGCUCAGAUGGAUUAUCCCGCGGGGAUAAAUGAGGCGGAAGCUUUGAGAUACGUCUCGAAUGAGGUCAGCGCCGAUUUGGCUCACAUCCUUCAGGAUGCUGGGGUACCGCUCCCGGUCCAGUAUCGGCUUACACAAUCGUUCAAGACAGUGCGUCGCUUUGCGGCGUAUGCAGAUGAUCGGCCAGGUGUUAGGACUGCCUUGGCGGCGGACAUUAGUCUCGAGCCUGCUGACAUGUCCAAGCGUGCAGCCAUCGCAGCCGUGGUGGCUGCAUGGGAAGCUUGCAAGGAUUACUCUGCUAAGGAAGCGGAGAUGCGGGCAGAAACAAAGUUUCUUGGCAUUGUAAGACCGGUUCUGCAGAAUGAGCGAUUGGCAAUGAAGGCCGCGUAUGAGAACACACAUGGGAGUAUCGAAGAGUCCUUCGAGCCGUCGGAUGAUUACCUGGCUGCCAAGGUUGAAGAGUUUGAAAAUGUGGAACCCACUGCAUCACCUCUGAAUGAAGUGACUAGCAAGAAGGCCGUUCGCACCCAAGGGUUGCAAACUACGGUUGAUAAAGGCGGUGCAGUUCGCAUUGUCAAGCAGAAGCAGCGUGGCAACAUGCCCCAGACAACGGAGGAGCUUCGUACCGUGUUGCGCGUUGAGGCUAACACUUACUGCUUCAUGGCGGGCAAGUUUCGCAACAAAGCCUUCUUCAAGGACAUGUCGCCGGAACCUUGGGCGGACUUUGCCAAUUACCUUUUGGGUGAGAAGGUCUACCUGAUGAAGAUUCCGGUCCCCUCCACAGGGGGCAAAGGGACGGAGCAGACUCCGGUGAGGCCCCCUUGGCAGGUUCUCUUGACCUACGAGCACGAGAUUCGCAAGGAAGCCAUCAAGCGGGCCUACCAGGGCUCUCAGCCCCUGGCUGAGACGCUCAUCGCGGUGAUGCGGGACCCUCAGAUCAAGGAGCAGUACUUCACUUCGCCCAUUGCAUUGCAGAACUUUGCCAACAAGCGAGAAUGGGCUGCUGAUGCCCCGUGGGAAUCUUACAAGUGGAGCCGGGGCCGAGGUUUCCCGUACAAAGGAGGGAAGGACGGCAAGGACGGCAAGGACGGCAAAGGCGGCAAGAAAGGCGGCAAGGACAAGGGAGGCAAGAACCCGGGGAAGCGUGAUGGCAAAUCCGAGUACUCAUUGAUGAGCCAUACUGCUGACGGAAGAGAGAUCUGUUUCGCCUACAAUGCUCAAGGCUGCUCCGGGGGAUGCGGACGCGUCCAUGUUUGCCGGGUUCGAGGAUGUAAUCAGCCCCAUCCUUUGUGGGAACACUUCGCGAAGCUCAGCAUCUCCGACAAGGACGAGAAGCGCGAGACGGGGGCUCGCAACUGA